AUGGCAACAGCAGAAAACGACCUGACUGAGCUGUUCAUCAAAAGCUUCAAAUGCACAGGCGACGUGCCGCCAGCGCUUGUGGGCAGCUCAGUGACCUACUUGGAUGGCCAGGCCUACGUCUUUGGCGGCCGCGCCUUGCACAGCGGCAAGCUCUCCAACGACAUGUACAUGUGUGAUUUGCGCAGCUUCCUAUGGCGGCGCAUUGACGCCGCCAACGAGCCCACAAUCCCGGCCGAGGACAGCGACGGCGCGGCCACCUUUCAGUGCGCGCUGCCGGCGCCCCGGUUUUUCCACUCGGUCACAGCCUUCAAGCACUACCUUGUUGUCUUUGGCGGCAUGGGGCUAGACUCGGACGCAGAGAGCAGCAUGCGCACAACCAAAACGCUGCUCGGCGACGUGGCCGUCUUCGACACAAUCGACGAGUGCUGGGUGGCACUGCGCGCGCUCGAGGACGCCAAGCCAGCGGACGCAAAGCCAGCGGCCGAGAUUCCCGCAAACAUUCCGCCGUCGCCGCGCUACGCGCACCUGGCGACGCUCUUUGGCAGCCAGCUACUGAUUGUCGGCGGCCAGGACCUGGAGGAGCAGUACGUGGAGGAGCUCAAUGUCUUUGAUCUGCGUGUUGGCCGCUGGAUCCAGCGCAUGCCGUUUCCGCGCGCCGUCGGGCUCUACCGCUCAUUCAUCGCCAGCAUUCCGGGGACCGGCACAACCCUCCUGUACAGCAACUACAGCUUUGCCUCGGUCAAGCGCGCCCUCUACUCGCUAUCGGCACCCCCCGAGUGCGCGCUCAAGGAAAUGUCCGAGCAGCUCUCGGGCGAGCCCCCCGGCCUGCGCUUCCCGCGCGGCCACCUGGUUGACGCCCAGACCGUCCUGAUGACCGGCACGCUUAUCUCCACCGAGGGUCACAGCGAGCUGAGCCUCUGGGUGCUAGACUCGCAGGCGCUGCGCUGGCAGCCGAUCAACUGCGGGUCCAAGUUCCGCGCAGGCAGCUGGAACCAGUCCGUCGUCGACCCACGCACCAACACGCUGGUACUGUUUGGUGACAGCCGCCGCGACCUGACCUACGACUAUCAGCGCCGCCGCCUGAACUACGGCGAAAUCCGCACAGUGGAUUUGCGCGCCCUUGGAUACCUCCGCACACGCCCGCCGACAUUG